AUGAAUAAGAAGAGUCCAAUUAAUUGUUAACAGAAACGAUUAGAAAUAAAUCCAAAUUAAGGUCAACACUUUGGCAUCUAAAAAAGAUUCUCAAAUAACCAAAAUGAUGUUCGCUCAAAGUCAAGCCAAAUCAGAGAGAAUAAUAAGUUAAAAUAAGAUGAUAACCUUCAGUUAAAUUAAUAUACUCAGAAAACUCAUUAAAUCGAAACAGAAAAUAGAGAUACUAGAUAAAAUAACCCUAAUUCUAUUAAUAAUAAUUAUAUGCAUUCUAAUUAUUUUUAUCUUGAACAACCAACGAAAAUAAAAUAAGAAAAUUGUAAGGAGGGUCUAAAUUAUAGAUAAUAAACCAAUAAUGAUGACCUUUCAAAAUACAAUAAUGAUUUAUUCAUAGAAAUAAAACCUCCUAUAAUACAUAUUAAAGGAAGCCUUUAUUCCCAACAAAAUGAUGUAUAAAAUGAAAGAGAAGAUAUAAUUAAAAUGAAAGAAGAACUUUCAAAAUGCAAAAAUGAGUUAUAAAUAGAAAGAUAAAAUGUAAUUAAAACUAAAGAUGAACUUUCUAAUUGCCAGAAGGAUUUAUACAAAGAAAGAGAAAAUAUAAUUAAAAUGAAAGAAGAACUUUCAAAAUGCAAAAACAAUUUAUAAAAAGAAAGAUAAGAUGUAAUUAAAACUAAAGAUGAACUUUCUAAAUGCCAAAAUGAUUUAUCCAAAGAAAGAGAAUAUAAAAUUCAGUUGAAAGAAGAACUUUCAAAAUGCAAAAAUGAUUUAUAAAAAUAGGGAUAAGAUAUAAUUAAAACUUAAGAACAAUUUUCUAAAUGCUAAAAUGAGUUGUAAAUAGAAAGAAUUCAAACGUUUAAACUGAAGGAAGAAACUAUAAAAUUAGAUGGAAUUCUUUCGUCAAAACAGAUUGAGAUAGAUCAAAUGUGGAAUUAAACUAACACAUUUCUACAAUUCAUAAAAAAAUUUAAAGAAAAUCCCUUCUCAUCGAACUAAGAAGAAGUUAAAAUUUUAGUUAAAAAAAUAUGA